AAGCAUGGUGUGGAGGGAAGAGUGCAUCCUUUGGGACUGAUUGUGCACAUGGCCCAUCCUGGAAAGAAGUGGGAUCCACUCUUCCAGCUCUCUGGCAAAUGCUGCUUUCCCCAAAUACUUCUCUUCCUGCCCCAGUCCCAGUGCUGUAGCUCUCCUGGGCUCAGGCGGGCACAAGGCUUUGCUCCCUGCAGGGCAGACCCAGGAGUGGGAAACAGCAGGAACUUGGUUUAGGAGGCAGAAGGCUUUCCUGAAUGUGUUCCCAAAGGGAUUUGUGGGUGCUGGAAUGCUGAGGGACCAACUUCCCAUCCCUGUCCUCCUCCAUGGCCUCUGGAAUAGACCUGGAAAAUCCUGGUGUGGACAUUCCUGACCAUUCCUCCUCCCUGCAGGGAACAGGGGCUGGUGCAGCUACUUCCUGCACCUGUGCAGGUGGGAUUUCAGCAAUGCAGCCAGCAUGGUCUGGAGGUCAUCGAUCCCUGGGGACACUGGCCACCAAUCCCUGGGGACACUGGUCAUCGAUCCCUGGGGACAUUGGCCAACUUUGGCCCGUGCCAUGUUUGUGUUCCGGACUUGGCUGUGCCCCAGGAGGGGAAGCUGUGAGAGAAAAUGCUGUAAAAUACCCCAUUCCCUAUUGGAUAUAUCCCACAGGGAAAAGCACGGUGCUUUUCCACAGGGACUCACUCCCAGGGGUGCAGGCAGAGGGUUUCCAAGGAGGAAAACCCAUGGAGCUCCAGGGAAGCUCCCAUGGGUGACGUGACCCCACAGUCCCCAGGGUUUAGGGGCUCCCACCUCCUCCUGGAGCUCCAGUACCCUACCUUCUCCACACUCCGGCUGUUGUUCCCGGCUGGAUCAGAGCCUGGCUAAAUUUAGGAGGAUCGAUUUCAACCCCCGCCUCUGCCCUGCAGGGGAAAGGACGGAGCAAAGGUGGCCAGGGACGAAGAGCCACGGGGGGCUCCAUUCCCUGGCCCCUGGACAGGCUUCCAGAACCCCGGAUUUUAUCCAGCUGUGAGGCCAUGGAGGAGCCCAGGGAGGCUGGAAUUUUCCUGGGUCAUCCCAUGGGUCUCUCUGGCUGUCAUUUGGGGCAGAGCUUGUGACAAGGACACCCAUGUGUCCCACAGGGAAGGAGCUCCCAGUGCUGGGAGCCAGAUCGUUUCCUGAGGAGGCUGAUACAGCUCUGGUUCCAGGGGAGCUGCCGAAUGAAGCUGGGAGCUGCUGGCGGGUGAGAGACCCCCCAAGCUCUGCAUGGAUGGGAAUGGGGAGACCUGCCCGCAGUAGGAGCCCAGGGCAGUUGGAAAACUCCGGCCUCUUCCUCCAAGCUUUCCUGCUCCUUCUUCUCUGCAGGCAUGUCUCUUCCCAGUGCAAGAUCCUACGCUGCAACUCGGAGUACGUGGCGGCGACGCUGCACCUGCACGGCCCCGGCCGUGGUGCUGCGUUCUGCACCGCACUCCGCUCCUACUCCCUGUGCACCCGGCGCACCGCCCGCACCUGCCGCGGGGACCUGGCCUUCCACUCUGCUGUGCACGGCAUCGAGGACCUCAUGAUCCAGAACAACUGCUCCAAGGAAGGGCCCACGGCCCUGCCACGGCCCCGGCCCGCAGCCCCCAACCCCCAGGGCUUCGAGUCGCUCGACAUCUGUGAUUACGAGCGGAGUUUCCUCUACAAGCAUGGCCGCCCCCCCGGUUUCCAGCACUGCGCUGCCUUUGGGGACCCCCACAUCCGCACCUUCCAUGAUGACUUCCACACAUGCCGGGUGGAGGGCUCCUGGCCACUCCUGGACAACGACUACCUGUUCGUGCAAGCCACCAGUUCACCAGUGGCCAAGGGGUCCAACGCAACAGUCACCAGCAAGCUCACCAUCAUAUUCAAGAACAUGAAGGAAUGCAUUGACCAGAAGGUCUACCAGGCCGAGCUGGACAACGUCCCGGCGGCCUUCCAGGAUGGCUCCGUGAACGGGGGCAUGCGUCCGGGUGGAAGCAGCCUCGUGAUCUGGGAGCGCAGCCCUGGCCGGCACGUGGAGAUCCGUGCCGACUACAUCGGCACCACCAUCGCUGUGCGCCAGGCCGGCCGCCAACUCUCCUUCUCCAUCCGUGCUGCCGAGGAGGUGGCCCGGGCCUUCACGGAGGAGCAGGACCUGCAGCUGUGCGUGGGUGGUUGCCCCCACAGCCAGCGCAUGUCCCGCAGCCCCCGCGGGCGCGGCCGUGUCCCUGCGGAGACAGCGCGAGCGCUCUGCCGGGAGAUGCUGCCCGUGGAGGAUGUCUACUUCCAGUCGUGUGUCUUCGAUGUGGUGACCUCAGGGGACACCAACUUCACCAUGGCAGCACAUGGGGCGCUGGAGGAUGCCCGGCUCUUCCUGCCUGAUGCUGAGAAGCUCCACAUCUUCCAGGCUGGGGGAGGCUGCCCACUCAUCUCUCCGUCGUUUCUCCUCCUCCUCUUCCUCCUCCCGUGUGGACUUUGGGCUGUUUUGUUGCACUUUUAACCCCUGCUGGCUCUGUGGGGAACCUGUGAGAGCUGCUGGCUCCAAAUCUGUUGCUGCAGCCAGGAGAGAUGCCUCACCUUGGAGGAGGCAUCUCCACAGCCACAAGGAAUUGGAGACCCAGGAGAGGGGAGAGAUGAACCCUGGUUUGUGCCCACUGGUCUCACAUGGAUGGUGCAGCUCUUCCCAGCUCCUCUCCUGAAGGCAGAUCCAAAUCUUUCUGUUCAAUUCUGAUGUGUUCCUUUUUCCCUAAGGAUGUGACAUUGCAGUGCAUCAAAGAAAAAUAAACCCCCUGGGUUAGAAACCCCC